CUCCGUUCUUUCUCCGCUCGUCCUGAAGUGAGAGAAGUUGCCCGUUUCAUUCCCCCAACACCUUCCUCGACUUCUCCCCUUCCCCGUUUUUCUUCUCAUUCUUAGUGCUCUUAUUCUUAUGGUUUAUUCUUAGCUCCUACUUCACUUUCUCUCCUCAUUUCACUUUGCCUCCCCGUCGCUGGAGUCACCGCUAAAUUUCCCCGUCCACGCCGUGCCCCCUCUGCCGGGCACUAUGACCACCCCCAAUGGCCCUUCUCGCCCGUCGUUCAACAACGCGGAUCUUCCGGAAACCCGCGACCAGCUGCUAGAGCAUGACGCGACCCUGAUAGUCGCCAACUCGGUCUCCUUGACCUUGGGAGGCGACUCUCUUCUGAUUGUCGACGAACGCUCCAUGCGCAAAUCCGAGCGUGGAUGUUGCGGUCUCGCCAACAAAACAGCCAAGCCCACGCACUCCAUUGGAUUGUACAAUAUCCUGGACGCCGACCUCUCCCCGGAAGGCCUGACUAUCACCUAUGCGGAGUCUGCAUCUAAACAGGAUGUCCGUGUGACCGCCCUGCGAUACCCGUUCGCCCCAGAAGAAAGGGCGGCGGUUGAAUCAUGGACGAAUCGCUUCCUAGACGUAGUCUAUGGCUCCGCAAAGCGGUACAAGAAACUCAAAGUCCUGGUCAACCCCUUCGGCGGUCAAGGUCACGCUGUCAAGUUGUACUCGACGUAUGCAGCACCAGUCUUUGCUGCGGCGCGUUGUCAGGUGGAUGUGCAGGAAACAACGCACGGGGGCCACGCGGGGGAAAUUGUGGAGCAACUCGAUAUCAAUGCGUAUGAUGCCAUUAUAUGCUGCUCCGGAGAUGGUUUGCCGUACGAAGUCUUCAAUGGCCUGGCUAAGAAGCCUAAUGCCCGCGAAGCUUUGGCGAAGAUCGCCGUUGCAAAUAUACCUUGCGGGUCUGGAAAUGCUAUGGCUUGGAAUCUGUGCGGAACAGGCAGUGUUUCGGUCGCGGCUUUGGAAAUUGUGAAGGGUGUCCGAACCCCCAUCGAUCUGGUUUCGAUCACUCAGGGGAAGUCUCGCACGCUCUCCUUCCUAUCACAAUCUUUUGGCAUCAUUGCAGAGGCUGACCUUGGGACCGAUGAUAUCCGCUGGAUGGGCGCCCACCGUUUUACAUAUGGUUUCCUGAAGCGGAUCAUGCACCGCGCAACGUAUCCGUGCGAUCUUGCAAUCAAAGUGGUGAUGGAUGAUAAACAAACGAUCAAAAAUCAUUAUAGUGCAUACGCGCAGAGCCAGCCUCCCAGUCGUCCUACUGAAGCUACUGCACGACAUCCUGACGGACUGCCCGAGCUCGUCUACGGUACCGUGCUGGACGAAUUGCCUGAGGAUUGGGAGGUUAUCCCAGCCGAGACGCUUGGCAAUUUCUACGCAGGCAACAUGGCCAUUGUGUCCAAGGACACGAACUUCUUCCCAGCCUCUUUGCCUAAUGAUGGGUUGAUGGAUAUCGUCACCAUCGAUGGGACUCUCAGUCGCCUAACAACGCUCAAGAUGAUGACUGCGAUUCCUGAAAACGCAUUCUUCGAUAUGCCCGACGUCAAAAUCCGCAAAGCCCUUGCGUACCGGCUUGUUCCUCGUGAAAAGGAGGGAUACAUCAGCAUCGACGGUGAAAGCGUACCCUUUGAAGCCUUCCAGGCGGAAAUCCACAAGGGCUUGGGCACAGUACUUUCGAAGUCAGGACACCUCUAUGAAGCAGAAGGGCCUAAGCCUUAGACACUGAGUUGAUCAAGAGGAAAAGUUGAGGGCAGGUAUGGACUCUCAUUUUGGAUGUUGUUUUUCCAUUCUCUUUAUUGCAGUCUUCGCACUCUGUGAUGAUACCCUGGCGCAAGACUUUUGUAUCGCCUUGCUUUGUUGUCGUUUAGUUCGGGUGGUGCUCUCUGUAUAGUUGAUGUGUUGGUAGACAGCAGUCCACAGGCAUGGCGGAUAGCCCAUAGAGUCUUACAAAUACUAUACAUUGUUCCAAUAUAGCCGGCGCUUUCCAGGCCAGGCGAUAGAGCACUUUG